AUGGUCCCUGAGUGUUAUGUGAUAGAAAUCACAACAGGCGAUGCUCGAUUUCCAAGUAGAACAUGUAUGGAUUUUUCUCGAUCAAUACCGACUCCACAUGACGAAGGCUGCAGCAUAGGCCCUAGGCAACAGGUGAACCGACUAUCUUCCUUUAUUGAUGCAGGAAUGUUAUAUGGAGACUCAAAACGAUUUAAUGAAAAUCUCAAUGGACAUGUUGGCACCAUGAGGACAUCAUCAGGUGACAUACUUCCUCCUGGAGGAGCCUGUCAUACAUCUCAAACAGAAGAUUUCUGCCAACUGGCCGGUGACGAAAGAUCAAAUGAAUUUCCUUCUUUGGGUGGUCUCCAUGUCGUAUUCCUUCGCCUUCACAAUAUCAUAGCAAUCAAAUUACGACAAAUAACUGGACUAUCUAGUCAAGAUGUGUUUUUGGAAACGAAGAAGAUUAUGGGCGCCAUUAUGCAACAAGUGACGUACGGGGAAUACCUUCCGGCUAUUUUAGGGAAAGAAACUAGGAAAAAAUUGUCUCUGAACCUUCGACAAAAAGGUUAUUGGAAUAGAUAUGAUUCUAAGGUGAACCCCACUGUUAAGAACGUCAUUGCUACUGCAGCACUUCGAUAUGGACACUCACAGAUUCCUCCAGAGCUAGGCUAUAUGACGAGGAUGUUUGCCACAUCUAGAGUAUUUAAAUCGGAAGAUGUCUUCAUGGAUCCCCAUAUAGUUGUUACACAACAAGGACAAAACAUUCCAGAUUUGGCGCGGUUUUUAUUAGCCACGCCCUCAAGAAAGAUUGAUAGACAAAUUGAAAAUGCCGCCAGAAAUGAAUUAUUUCGUGAUAUAAAUGGAGUAACGUUUGACUUAAUGUCAUUCAACAUUCAAAGAGGGCGGGACCACGGUUUACCUGCCUACAACGAAUGGCGGAAGUGGUGUAAACUUCCGGUAGCAAACACUUUUUCCGAAUUACAAGAUCAUAAUUCUGACACGAUUGCAAGAUUGCAAAAUGUUUAUGACCACGUUGAUGACAUUGAUGUGUUCGUUGGAGGUAUUUCAGAAAUACCUCGCGCAGACGCAGUUGUAGGUCCACUUUUCGAAUGUUUACUAGGAUGGCAGUUCAGAGACCUAAGGUUUGGGGACAGAUAUUGGUACGAAAAGAGGGGAAUAGAGGGAUUCUCUAGAGGUCAACUUAGAGAAAUAAGAAAAAUGACGUUAUCUAAGAUUCUUUGUGAGACGCUGAAUCUGGAUAAAAUUCAGGAAGAAGUUUUCAACCUCGUAGGAUCAAAAAAUCCCCUUGUUAAGUGUUCUUCAUUGCCCUUUAUGGACCUUUCAGAGUGGAAGAAAUCCCCCUUUCCCUUCAUUCACUGGAGAAAAUUUCUAAGUUCAGGGGGACUUUAUAAUUAAUAUUCUUUAGAA